AUGAUUCUCCUGUUAAAGCUAUCGACAAUUUUAUGUCUGUGGCACAUUAGUAGUUUCCCAGUCAGUGGUGUUACAUUAAGCCAGCUUAGGAGUAUUUUAUUUGGAAACAACAUGUUGCUUCAAUACAACAAAAGUAGCUUUCUAGGCGCUACUUUGAAAGGAAAAGCCAAGAAAUGGAAGGACAAAGCUGUGCAUAACAAGAAGAAAGCAGAUAAAGUUAUUAAACAUUGGAAAAAGGCUGUUAAACAUGGUAAACACUACAGAAGACGCAAAUCAAUAGGAAGUUCAUCAUCUUCAAGCAGUUCAACAACAUCUUAUGAUAGAAGAAAGCACGUUGCAUUUCCAGGAAUAGCAAAUUUAGAAGAUUCAGGUUGCAGUAGUUCAAGUUACAGUAGUAGAAAAAGACAUAGGAGACAUCAUAGUUCAUCAACAACAAGUAGCUGUGUUGAUAACACGAUUGAAACACUCUUCCCUAAGAAAGGUCGUCCAUUACCAAAGAGAGAUGACGUCUACUUCCUUGAUGAGAAAGGCGGAAUGAAGAAAUCAUAUGGGCCAUUCAAGGAUGAUGAAAGUAGUCCAUUUUACUAUCCAGGAUUACACCAAUUAGAUGGUAAAAUAGGAAAGAGAGUGUUAUCAGACCAGGAAUAUAGGAUUCAUCCAUCAUUUAUGUCCAAAUUAGCAGAUGGAGGAUUCUAUGAACGUAGAGUGAUUAAACCAAAAGACGAGAAAGGAGCAGAUGUCGUAGAAGAGCGAUUUGGAUACUUUCCAAAGACAGGAGGUAACUCAAAUGAGUCAGAUGAAUCGAGUGAAAAUCAACCAAAGAAGAAGCGUAUGGGAUCCAAUCCUGAUAUGUCAAUAUUCAAUGCAUUUAUGCCUACUCAUCCACAUGGUUCUGGCCUAAAUCCGUACUCAUACGGUACCAUGUCACACCUUGAGACCAAAAUAGACCAAGAAUUUGAAGAAAUGAGAAAGGCACAGGAAGGAAGCAGAAUCAGGUUCAAUUCCAACCAGGAUAAGCUACAGGAUAAAAUAAACAAGGAAACAACCAGAUUAGAGAACACCCUGGAUACCAAGAUAACCACAGAUAUAGCAAAGAAACAGUCUGAAUUAAUGGAUGACGUAGACGGCAAAAAGAACAGGAAGUACAGUGACGAUAGAAUCAAAUAG